AUGCUUAAACGUUAUGUUCUUAAGCCAGUUUAUCUGCAACCUCAUCUAGGUUUUAGACCAGCAACUUUUGCGCGCACUUUUAUGUCAGAAAGAGGACCUUCUCCUCCACAACUACCUAAAGAAGAGCAGGAGGAGUUUGAACGCCUUCAACGUAUAGCUCAGUCUCAAGAGGCUAUUGAUGCUUACAAUAAAGAAAUAGAAGAGGACCACACAAAGGAAAGUGCGAACUCUCCAUUUUUGAAAACGGACAUAGGAGGAUUCUCGCCAGAAUUCUCCAAAACUAUUCCUGAAUUCGAAGGUGACGUUAAUCCUAAAACAGGUGAACGUGGUGGGCCCAAACAGGAUCCUCUAAGAUACGGAGACUAUUCUUUCAACGGGAGGGUGACGGAUUUUUAA